AUUCUUAAACUCGACCCAGAUCCCACAGCUCUCAGCCCCAGCCUCCCUCUAAAACGUUAACACAAACUCUUUUGUCCGCCCUCUCUUUGCCUCUGUCUCUCUCUUCGUGUCUCUCGCUUAGAGUAACAGAGCCCAGAGCCGAACAAAACCAUAAAUUUUAACGAGAGAAGAGGGAGAGAGUGGAGUUUUUUGUGCAUUAAUUCAAAUAGCAACAACCCAGAUCAGCGAUGUCAAAGGCCAACGGCGGCGGCGGUGAUGUGAUCUCUGCAUCGGGAACAACGGCAACUACAGCAGCUGCAGCAACAGCUGGUGGUGGAGCUGCUGCGGGAGCUCCAACUGUGGGACCGGCGCAACAGCAACAGCAGCCUCAGUCUUACCAGUGGAUCCCACAGCAUCAUCAUCAACAUCCUCAGCAAUGGAUGGGGAUGAGUAUGAUGCAGUACCCGGCUGCGGCGAUGGCCAUGAUGCAACAACAUAUGAUGAUGUAUCCGCAACACUACAUGGCGGCUUAUGGCGGUGGGCAUCAGUAUUAUCAGCAACAACAGCAUCACCAUCAAAAUGGGAAGCAUAAUAAUAAUAACAGUAAUAAUAAUAAUAAUAAUAAUAAUCAUAAACAAAAUGGAUCUAUUAACGGUAAUAGUACGAAUGAUGAGACUAAGACUAUCUGGGUCGGCGACUUGUUCCAUUGGAUGGACGAAACUUAUCUUCAUACCUGUUUCUCUCACACUGGCCAGGUUUCAAAUGUUAAAGUUAUACGCAACAAGCAUACUGGCCUGUCGGAGGGAUAUGGAUUUGUUGAAUUCUUUACGCGUGCAGCAGCUGAAAAUGUUUUGCAGAGCUAUAAUGGUUCUGUGAUGCCAAACACCGAGCAGCUCUUCCGUCUUAAUUGGGCAACCUUUGCGGGUGACAGACGAGUAGAUUCUGGUUCUGAUCUAUCCAUAUUUGUAGGAGAUUUGGCUCCAGAUGUUACUGAUGCCAUGUUGCAGGAGACAUUUUCUAGCAAAUAUUCGUCUGUGAAAGGAGCAAAAGUUAUCUUUGACUCAAACACUGGCCGUUCAAAAGGUUAUGGUUUUGUGAGGUUUGGUGAUGAAAAUGAGAGAUCAAGGGCCAUGACUGAAAUGAAUGGGGUGUAUUGUUCAAGUAGGCCCAUGCGCAUAGAUUUUGCAACCCCCAAAAAGGCUUCUGCAUAUCAACAACAGUAUUCCUCACAAGCUCUGGUAUUGGCUGGUGGUCAUGCAUCAAAUGGUAAUAGGGUCCACGGUUCUCAAUCUGAUGGCGAGUCAAAUAAUGCAACUAUAUUUGUGGGGGCUCUUGAUUCUGAUGUCAGUGACGAGGGUCUGAGGGAGGCAUUUUCUCAGUUUGGUGAAAUUGUCUCUGUGAAAAUACCAGUUGGUAAAGGAUGUGGAUUUGUUCAAUUUGCAAAUAGAAAGGAUGCUGAGGAUGCAUUGCAAAAGUUACAAGGGAUGGUAAUAGGCAAGCAAGCAGUUCGUCUUUCUUGGGGCCGCAAUCCUGGGAACAAGCAGUGGAGAUCAGAUUCUCAUAGCCACUGGAAUAAUGGGGCACAUUAUGGAGGUCACUACUAUAGUGGGAGUGGAUAUGCUUUGCCACCUAAUCAAGAUCAAAACAUGUAUGCUGCUGCAACUGUGGUUCCCAGUGCUUCUUAAGAGGGGUAUGGAUAUGUCCAAAAUUAUGUACUCUGAACUGGCAUGAAUGUCCUUAAAUGUAGCCUAUAAACAUGAUUUAAGUAGGGUCAAUUUAGCUGCCUCAGACGUAGCUAAAUCUGUAGUUUUCCGAAUUUUGUAGCUGGAAUAUAUUUAAUAUGGUGGAGCUGUGUUUAGGUUUGUAUUAUUAUUUUAUGAUUUUUGGGGGUCUGCGUGAGAGGGAUUCACAAUUAAUGAGAAACUUUUAUACAAGUUUGUGUUCUGGAAUAAACUUUCCAGGAAGAAUGCAUAGAACUUCAAAGGUUUUGAAUA